CUAUGUUCUCUAUAGUCUCACGCACAGGCUCGCACCCCUAUUAUCUGUGACAUCCAGCGAUGGGAUAGCUGGACCAGAAUCUUCUGUGCUUGCAUGGCCCGUUAGGACAGCAGUACCAAACCUAGGAGUUUGGGGGCAUAGGUGAGAGGGAGAGAGUGUGCAAAACUUCAAAUUGUCACAUUAGCGAGGCAUGCUGCAAGGAGAAGCUGGAAAAUGCAUUCGUAGGGGAUGGACAAAGCUCAUGGGACUACAUCUAUUCUUUUUUGCUGUGUACACCAGGCUCCUGGUAUAUAAUUUUCCCAUCCUGUAGGCAGAACACUGUUCUCUGAAGUCUGAGGAACAAAAUACCUACUUUUGUUUGGGGGGAAAUUCAGAACUUACAUCUACAUGGCAGUGCCUCUUUCUUUGACAUUACUUUGCUUUGCCUACCAACCCAGGUGAACAGUUUUACAUGUUUUGCACUCUUGCUGCUUGGCUAAUUAAUAAAGCAGGAUGCCCCUUUGAACAACCACAGGAAUAUGAUGACCCCAAUGCAACAAUAUCUAAUAUAUUAUCUGAACUUCGAUCAUUUGGGAGAUCUGCAGAUUUUCCUCCAUCAAAAUUAAAGUCAGGUCAUGGAGAACAUGUGUGUUAUGUGCUUGAUUGUUUAGCUGAAGAAGCCCUAAAAUAUGUUGGUUUCAGUUGGAAAAGGCCAGUAUACCCAGUAGAAGAAUUAGAAGAAGAAACAGUUCCAGAAGAUGAUGCAGAAUUGACAGUAAAUAAAGUAGAGGAGGAAAUUGUGGAAGAGGAGACUGAUAAUGAAGAAAACUUUAUUGAUCUCAAUGUUUUAAAGGCACAGACCUAUCGAUUGGAUAUGAACGAGUCUGCCAAACAAGAAGAUAUUUUGGAAUCGACAACAGAUGCUGCAGAAUGGAAUCUAGAAGUGGAACGUGUACUACCACAACUGAAAGUCACGAUUCGGACUGAUAAUAAGGACUGGAGAAUCCAUGUUGACCAAAUGCACCAACACAAAAGUGAAAUUGAAUCUGCUUUAAAAGAGACAAAGGGAUUUUUGGACAAACUCCAUAAUGAGAUCAGUAGGACCCUGGAAAAGAUCAGCAGUCGAGAAAAAUACAUCAACAAUCAGCUUGAGCACUUGGUUCAAGAAUAUCGUGCUGCUCAAGCCCAGCUGAGUGAGGCAAGGGAAAGAUACCAGCAGGGAAAUGGAGGAGUAACUGAAAGAACUAGAAUUCUUUCCGAGAUUACAGAAGAAUUAGAAAAGGUAAAGCUGGAAAUGGAAGAAAAGGGCAGCAGCAUGACUGAUGGUGCUCCUUUGGUAAAGAUUAAACAGAGCUUAACCAAACUGAAGCAAGAAACAGUCCAAAUGGACAUUAGAAUUGGUGUAGUGGAACACACAUUACUCCAGUCAAAACUAAAGGAGAAGUCAAAUAUGACUAGGGAUAUGCAUGCAACAAUCAUUCCAGAAUCUGCAAUAGGUUCUUAUUAAAAUUUAUUGUACUUUGUUCUCUGCUCAGUUUUUUCUUAAGUUCUAUUACAUUUCAUAUUGCUAAAUUUAAAGUUAUUAUACCUCAUUGAACAUUAUCAAAAUGUCUAAAAUACCUUAUUCUUGUGUGUAUAUAUGUAAAUAUAUAUAUACACAUAUAUUAUGUAAUUGUGAACCUGAUGAUUUAAGAUGGAAUAUGGAUGGAAUAUAAUUUUAAUAAAGUAAUUAGAAAUUUUUAUUAA